UGUAGUCAGGCUGCGCUUUGGUCUCACAGGUGGAAGGAAACGCAGGCAGAGCUCGGACACGAUGGAGACGGAAAUACUGAGAAUGAUCUGCGCCGGCCAAGGAGCAGUCAACACGGAGGAUUUAGUGUAUAAUCUGUUUUCCGGAGAUCCCACGAAGUUGUCGGAGAUCAUUUGUAACCAAGAGAAAUUUGUUUCGUGUUGUCCAAACGGACAGCCGAAGGUGGUGGCCAGGACCCGCCUGAGACUUUGCAGAGUGAAAGACUGUCUGGGGAUAUGCAGGGGUCUGCACCUGUGCAAAAACAUCCUCUUCAGCGGAUUCUGUCAGUUCACUCAGCUCAGGAGGGGCUGCAGCUUCUCCCAUGAGCUGACCUCUGAGCAUAACCAAAGACUUCUGAGGGAGCAUGAGCUGGAGAGCCUGAGCCGAGAGGAGCUGUGCACCCUGCUGCUGCAGAGUGACCACACAGUUCUUCCUGAUAUAUGCUACAACUACAACAAUGGUGAUGGAGAGUUCGGCAGGUGUCAGGAUGGUGAUGGUUGCAGGAGGCUCCACAUCUGUGAGAACUACAUCAGCCGUGAAUGCAGCUGCUGGAAGAACCACGAUUUUAAUGCUCCACAGCCAUUCAAAGCUUUGAAAGCUAGAGGCGUACCUGACACACUCUUUCAGUCCUUGAAGGCUACUUAUGCAAAUAAACAGGCUUUGAAGCUGGCUGGAGUCAGUGACCAUGGUCAACGAAGUCAGAGAGGCAGAGGGAGAGGUGGCCAUCAGCUCAGCAGAGGCUUUAGAGGAAACAGAGGAAGCCACAGCAGCCGCCCAGAUCUGCAUCGAGCCCGUUCACUUAGUAACAUUGCUGCAAACAUUGAUGGCUUUGACCUGUGGUCCAGCGAUGGACUGAAUGAAAGUGACGAUGACAACUCUCCCACCAGUGACAUCACUGUCGCCGCUACCAGGAACAGGGGCAACCAUCAGCGUUUUCAAAAUGCUCGUUCCUUAAGUGACAUUCAUGCUGCUGUCAAUGAUGAAGCUGCUAAAGGUGGAGAAUGGCAGAAUAAUAGACAGAGGCCUGUCAGAGAUAAAACAGGGAUCUGCAUGUACUUCAUCAAAGGUCACUGCAAACAUGAUGAUCGAUGUUUUAAAGCUCAUGACAAGAUGCCGUACCGAUGGCAGGUCCAAGAGGGACACCAGUGGACUGAUUUGCCCGAUAAUGAGACAAUUGAGAGAGACUACUGUGACCCCAGUAACUCAUACAGUAGCACCAGCCCGGCCGUGCACUUUGACACGAUGACCUGUGGAUGGAACAAAGUGCGUCGACUCUCGACAGAAAACUCGGUGAUUGAGCCGACCUUCAUCCACACCACCGAGUGGCUUUGGUACUGGCAGGAUGAGUUUGGGAGUUGGAACAUGUUUGCAUCCGCUACUAGUGGACAUAAAACAGCAGACAUCAACAGCACAAAGCUGGAGGAGAAGUUUCUGGCCAAUGAUAAAGACGUGUUGGAGUUCACUGCUGGUUCACACUCAUAUUCACUCAGUUUCCAAGACAUGAUGCAGACAAACAAGCAUUAUGGCACCAAAAGGCUUGUGUGCAGGCGACCACGGUUUGUCUCUGCUGCAGAUGUCCUAACAAAGAGAGUCAGAAGGCCUUUGGUUCAAACUUCCACUCCAGUACCAGAAACCUGGGACAAGACACAGACCCCUCAAACAGGAUACUCGCGAAUCUCACUCCAGCCCAGCUCGGAAGAAUUUAGAGAAGUUGUAGCUCUUUUCUCUGAAACCAUGAAAGGCUGUGACAUCAUCAACAUUGAGAGGAUUCAGAACAAAGCUCUUUGGGAAGCCUUUCAGCUGCAGAAGAAUCAGAUGAAGACCAAAAACAAAGGAGGAAAUGUGACGGAAGAAAAGCUUUUUCAUGGCACUGACUCCAAAUUUGCAGACACCAUCUGUCACCACAACUUUGACUGGAGAAUCUGCGGAACUCACGGAACGUCUUAUGGCAAAGGUAGUUACUUUGCCCGUGAUGCCAGUUACUCCCACAGCUACACCGGUGACACUGACGUCAGAGCCAUGUUCAUCUCACGGGUGCUGGUGGGAGACUUCACCAAAGGGUCCUCUGAUUAUCGCCGACCUCCCUCCAAGGAUGGAGGGGGCAUAAACUUCUAUGACAGCUGUGUGAAUGAUGUAAUGAACCCCUCCAUAUUUGUGGUGUUUGAGAAGCAGCAGAUCUACCCCGAGUACCUGAUCCAGUACAAGACCACAAACAUGUUUAUUGAUGGCACAGUACCAAAGCGAGUAUCAGGGUCGAGACUAGCACAGCAAUCUGUGGUGGUACCAAGACACGUGGCAGUAGGGAAACCACUGGUAUUACCCACCGCAGCAGUAGUACAGACACCAUCGGUAGUACACAAACUAAAUACCAUCUUAAGUCAAACCACUGCACGGCACCUUCCCAGCACAGCUUCUUCCAUGGACUCAACCAAUGGAACAGUCAACAAACCCACACCAUCAACUCCAUUUCCCACACUAUCUCCAAGGGAAUUGUUAGACUUUUCUGAAAAUGUAGCUGAGUUAGUAAAAAGAUUUUCCAGAAGUGGUACCUGAAAAUGUGAGUUAUGAUUUGUGAACUGUGCUCCAGAAAAAGAGUUGGUAGCACCAGCUUCCCAGUUAGAUUCUAUUAAAGUAUUUUAGGUUUAAUUUGAAUGAUGAAGAAACUUUGACAGACAUGCUGAACAUGUAGAUUAGAGGUGGUGCAGGUUUCUAAAGAAAACUUCAGAAAUGUUAAAUGUUUCAUACUUUCUCUUUCCAUUUUCAAAUUUCUCGUUUGUUUUUUCUCUUUGUUGUUUUGAUGCUCAAACCUUUCCACCUAAAUCACAUGUACUGUAAAAUUAUUUAAGGUGAAUUUCUAAAACUUGACAGCUUUUCCACUCAUUGUGUUUAAAUUUAACUUUGAAAUAACUUUUAUACAGAAUAACUCAGAAAUAGCAGCACAACGCUAAUAUCACAUAAGCACGCUGAGCUAGAAGAAACACCUGAUUGCUUUUCUCUUAAUUAUCUCAGGUAGUUAGUGGUUAUCAUAUUAGCGCGUCCUACUGUAUUAAGACACUGUCAGAUUGGCUGAGACACAUGACGGCCUGUGUGUUGAUAACUUUGCUGUUUAGACAACCUUUGUGAUGUCAUCAGGAAGCUGGGACCAACUUCUUGGAGCACAGAUAGAAACAAAGGGCUGCGAUGUGUGUGACACUCACUUCUCUGUGUUUGGAAA